AUGUCUGGUGAGAAGUUAACAGUGAACCUCCAAGGUGAAAUAGUCAAACCACAUACAGUAAAGCGGUUCCCAGGAUAUGGCUUACCAUUCCCGAAGGAGCCAACAAGGAAAGGCGACCUGCUUGUUGCCUUUGACAUCAAAUUCCCCGACCGUUUAAGUACAGGUGUAAAGGAAAUACUCAUGGACACAUUACCAAACUGA